CCCAUUCAUUCGCUCAACUCGAGAUUCCCAACCCACACAACCUUCACUUCGUUUCUGGCUGGUCCUUGUUUAAUUCAUUGUCACUCGUAGUUUAAACCUUUAACCUUUUUUUUUUUUUUUAGAACAACUUGACAACCCCUUCAGCCAGAAUGAAGUUCAUCGCAGCUCUCUCCCUGGCCCUCGCCUCCUCUGCGGCCGCCAUGCCCACCGAGGACCUGUCCAAGCGGCAGACCGUCAACCGCGGCCCAGAGACCCUCGUUUUCAAGGAGCAGGGCGGUGUGCCCGGCAACGAGUGCCUCACAUUCCGUAAUAAUGGCGAGAUCGUCGACGCCGCGUGCGUCAACACCGCCGCCGACAGGCAGAUCACGCCCUCGACCAGGAACGGUCAGGACGUGCUCCUCGUCCAGCGCUCGUUCAGCAGCGGCUUCCGGCCGGACCUCGUCGACAAGGAGGCCUGCGUCGGGUUCAACGGCACGGCCUUCCGCGCCGAGGACUGCGCCUCGAAGAACAUCGAGUUCGUGGCCCAGCAGGGCAACAACCUCGUCACCACCAGCGGCGCCUGUUUGAACGGACACGACAGCAAGGCGCAGGUGACUGUCUCGGCGCAAGGUCAGGGCUGCGCCGAGUUCACCACCACUUCGGUCAACCCCACGGCUCCUUAGAAGAAAAUAGGCUGCGCAAAAGACGCCAUGCGCUCGUGAAGAGUUGCUUGAAAGGGGGGAAUAAAGUAGAGAGGUGAUGGGGAUUGGUGGUGGAGAGAUUCUUGGCCAUCGAGCCCAAGGGAAGUAAGCUGGCUCUAACAGGUAGGCGUAAGGAUGUUGUUGCCAAUAUGUAUAUCAAGACCUAAGGUCUGUCUGACAUAUAAGUAGGAUAAUGAGGAAAGUCGGAUGUGUCCUUCAUC